AUGAUUAAGAAAAGAUUAAUAUUGGGUGUGCCACAUGAUACAGCCUUGUAUUUUUUCCUGUUCAUUAAAGGUGCCCUUAAUUUUUAUUAUGUAUUUGUUCUAUUGCUCCAUUUGCUCAGAUAUAAAUUAAGCUACUGGAAACAACGUGGCGUCGAAUCUCUCACGGGCGAUCUAAUCUUCGGCAAUUUUAAGAAUGCCGUACUCUUCCGUUCUGCGCCAGGGUGGCACAUCGGUCAGCUGCAUAAAGCGGCCCGUAGGGACGCGCCCUUCAUCGGCUUUUACAUUUUUCACAAGCCAUGCCUGCUAUUGCGCGAUCCAGACAUCAUAAAGCAGUUCUUGAUUCGCGACUUCGACAAUUUCUGCGAUCGCCAUUUUGCUGGUUCCAAUCAGAGGGACAGUAUCGGCAUGAAGAAUCUGUUCGGUCUGAAGAAUCCGACCUGGAAAUACCUGCGAACUAAGAUCACACCUACACUGACCAGAGGCAAACUGAAACAGAUGUUCCCGCUGAUGACAGAGAUCGGAGAGCCAAUGAUGGAUUAUCUCAAAAGUUAUCCAGCAGAUUGCGAUGACGUGAAGCUGGUGGAUGCCCAAGAACUCAGUUACAAAUAUACGACCGAUUUGAUCGCUUCGAUUGCACUCGGUACCAAGAUGGAUUCUUUCCACUAUCCGAAUGAAGAAUUCUCUAGCGAAGUUUACGAAUUCUUCCACGGAUUCAGAAGGAUGGUAGCCCUUGUGACAGUGUUUUUCAUACCCGAACUGGUAGAAAUAAUUGGUACGAGAAUUCUUGCAAACUCUUCAUUCGUAAAGAAAGUCUUCUGGAGCGCUAUGGAGAAUCGCGAAAAGACUGGCGAAAAACGAGGCGAUUUUAUCGAUUCAUUGCUCCAGUUAAAGCACGACAAACAGAACCCCAAUUAUAAAUUCGAAGAAAAUCUACUGUACCAGUCCGGAACUUUCUUUUCGGGCUUCGAGUCAAGUUCUACCUGCAUGUCUUUCACUCUGAUGGAACUGGCAAAUCAUCCCAAAUAUCAGAAAUUAGCCAGGCAGGAUAUUAACCGGGCGAUCGACAAGCAUGGCUGGUCGUACGAAGCAUUCCAGAAUAUGAAGUACCUCGAUCAGACGAUAGCCGAAGGUCUCAGGCUGCAUCCACCCGUGUCCACCAUCGACAGAUACACUCAUCAAGAUUACAAGAUUCCUAAUACUAAUAUCAUCAUUGAAAAAGGUACACCGAUAUACAUCUCCUUAUACGGACUUGGGGCAGAUUCUAGAUUCUGGGAUGAACCGGAAAUAUACAACCCUGAUAGAUUUGCCGAAAGUAAUCAUAUCACCGAUGCCUAUAUACCAUUUGGAAUUGGUCCCAGGAUGUGUGUAGGAAUGAAAGUAGGUCAGUUACAUGCUAAAAUUGUUUUGGCGUUGCUUCUACGCGAUUAUGAGAUCUGGCAAACCAAAGACAACGAGAGUUAUCUAGACCCCCGAUCAACUUUCACGGCUGCGGGUAAUGGAAUUAAUCUGCACUUCAGAAGGAUUUUGCAGUCAGCAUUUCAAACGAGUAACACGCAAGAUUUACACGGUGUUUUUUUAUUAAGUUUGUGCAAAAUGGCAAUAUUAACUAACUGUAUUCUCUCAGAUGCGCUCUUAAUAUUCUCCUCACUUUUGGCAACGCUUUAUUUUUGGCUAAAAUGAAAACACUCCUAUUGGCAAAGACGUGGUGUACGUACCUUACCUGCACAUUGGUUCUUCGGUCAUUUCAAAGACGCAAUGCUUAUGCGCAAACCAGCAGGUGUGGUCCUCGGCGAGCUGCAUCGGCAAGCCGCGGAUGAGGACGACGUAAUCGGCAUCUAUAUCCUGCACAAGCCGUUCCUGCUAGUGAGAAAUCCGGAACUGAUCAAGCAAAUUAUGAUUAAGGACUUUCACGUAUUUCAGAAUCAUCAUUUCGAUGGCAGAAGCACCUCCGACAAAGUUAGUAAUUGGAGUCUCUUCACUGUUAAGAACCCCGAAUGGAAGCACUUGAGGACAAAAAUGUCACCGGUAUUUACGAGCGGUAAACUAAAGAGUAUCUUCUUGCUUAUGCAAGAGUCUGGGGAGAUGAUGAGAGAAUAUUUGCGUGAUCAGUUCGCGAACGAUUCCAAGAUUGUGUCGAUGCCUCUUAAGGACUUGUUCUAUAAGUACACCACCGUUGUGAUAUCCUCCGUGGCGUUUGGAAUUCGGACAAAUUGUUUCGACACCCCGGCGCCAGAAUUUUUCGAAAACUCACGUAAGGCAAUUCAAGCAACCUUCUUAAGGACCGUGCAAUUCUUUCUCUUGUUCUUUUUGCCGGAAAUUGGAAAGUAUACGGGUAGCAAGAUGCUCGGCGACUACACGGAUUACUUCCGCAAGGUCUUUUGGGAUUCUAUGGACAAUAGGAAAGUAACGAAGACAAAACGGGGAGAUCUGAUCGAUUCUCUUUUGCAAUUAAAAGAUGAAAAUUCAGACGAUACUGGUUUCCGAUUCGAGGGCGAUAUCCUUCUCGCUCAAGCGGCGAUCUUUUUCGUGGCUGGUCGCGAGACUAGCAUCACCACUAUGACCUACACCCUCUGCGAGUUGGCCAAACAUCCGGAAAUGCAGAAACGCGUCAGAGAAGAAAUCCUCGAGAAGAUCCAAGAAGCAAACGGUGUCACAUAUGAAGCGGUCCAUAAUAUGAAAUAUCUGCAUCAGUUGAUGAACGAAACGUUAAGACUUUAUCCGCCCGCGCCAGUCCUGGAUAGAGUUCCCUUAGAGGAUUAUACGUUACCCAAUACAGAGAUAACUAUCGAGAAAGGGACACCGGUGUACGUCGCAUUACGCGGUAUUCAGAGUGAUCCCAGGUAUUACUCGGAUCCUAAGCGUUUCGAUCCUGAACGAUUUAGCGACGAGAGGAAGGACGAGAUUGUACCAUGCACUUUCUUACCUUUCGGCGAAGGCCCACGAAAUUGUAUAGGUACACGAUUAGGAAUGUUACAAACCGCUGUCGGGUUGAUAGAGAUUCUACGCGAUUACGAGGUUUUUUUGAAUCCUUCAUGGAUGUCUAUUGUGGAUCCGCGAAAUGUGUUCACUACGCCACCCACAGGAUUCCUGCUGGACUUGAAGAAGAUAUAAUUAGUAUUUAUAUUAUUUACACCAUAUUAUAUUAUUAUACAUAUAAAUUAAUCGUAUUACUCUCUCGUAAUACUAAUACUCUGAUUUUAAUGAUA